AACACAAAUACAGAGAGAGAGAGAGUUUUUAAAAGAGGAGACAUGUGAAGGAGAGAGAGGAAUGAGAUCAUUUUUUCCAUUUCUUAUUUACAGUUCCAACGAACUGUGAGAGAGGUUUCUAAUUCUAAAACAAAACCAGUGUUCAUGAAUUGUCUGAAUGAUAACCGAAAAAAAAAAAUUAAAAAAACAUUUCAAUCCGGGAAAAAAAUCAAAACUUUAUUUCUUCCUAUAAAACCCUCUUUUCCAAUUUCGUCAAAAUUCACUCUCUUUGCGAACCUACGAAUCCAGACGACUCUGUGAAGUUUAUUUUAUAAAGCAAGGAUGAAAAUGGGGCUCCUUUUCACAGAGUGAUACUUUUUUUUUUUAAUUUAAAGAUUGGGUUUUUAUUAGCAAAGUUGGAGGGGUCGUCUCGUCUGGUCUGGUCUCUGUGGGAUAGAGAUAGUUUUGGGGGUUUUAAUAAAGGGACAAGGAGCGUCGACGAGAUAAUAAUAUUACAUUAGAACAAAAGAAGACGAGAGAGAGAGCGUCAGUGAGAGAAACUAAACUAAUGGAAGAGACAAGGAAGAAGAAGAAGGAUGAUUCCAAAAAGAAGGAGCGUCAUAUUGUCACUUGGUCUCAAGAGGAGGAUGAUAUACUUCGAAAGCAAAUCACUUUACAUGGCACUGACAAUUGGGCGAUCAUUGCUUCCAACUUCACUGAUAAGAGCACAAGGCAGUGUAGACGCAGAUGGUAUACAUACUUAAACUCUGAUUUCAAGAGAGGAGGUUGGUCCCCUGAAGAAGAUACUCUUUUGUGUGAGGCACAAAGAGUGUUUGGGAACAGAUGGACUGAGAUUGCAAAAGUGGUCUCAGGCAGAACGGAUAAUGCAGUGAAGAACAGGUUCACAACACUGUGCAAGAAGAGAGCCAAGUAUGAAGCCAUGGCUAAAGACAAUAGUCUUGCUUCUUGUAUCAUCAACUCUAACAACAAAAGAAUGUUGCUCCCAGAUUGUGGUAUCAGUACACCACCGAAAGCCGAAACCCAUUCCCCUCUUGCUAAAAAGAUGAGGAGAAGUGACGUUCCAGAUGUAACAGUGUUCGGUAGCUAUGGGGAUAGGUCACACAUAAAGGUUAACUCGGGUGUGAAUCAGCAUCUCUAUGGGAAUAGAUCACAUAUAAAGGUUGUGAAUCAGCAGAUAAGACCUCCUUUCUUAGUACUAGCCCACAAUGAGGAGAAGGAGGAGGAGAAGAAUCAAACAAACAGUGCCAAGGAGAGUGAAGGUGAGGAUAAAGGGAAUCAUGAGGUGUUUCUUAAGAAGGAUGAUCCGAAGGCAACAUGUUUGAUGCAACAAGCUGAGCUUCUCAGUUCAUUGGCCCAGAAAGUUAAUGCAGAUAACACAGACCAAAGCAUGGAGAAUGCCUGGAAGGUCCUGCAGGAUUUCUUUAAUAAAAGCAAAGAGAAUGACUUAUUCAGAUACGGACUACCUGAUAUCGAUUUCCAGCUUGAGGAAUUUAAGGAUCUUGUUGAUGACUUGAGGAGUAGUAACGAAGAUAGCCAAGCCUCUUGGAGGCAACCGGAUCUCCAUGACUCACCUGCAAGCUCUGACUAUAGCUCAGGAUCAACUACAAUACCACACUCUUCUGGUGAUCAAACCCAACAACCCAUGUCUGGUUCUCAGACAGAAACACAGUUACUACCAGAUAAUGAGCAAAAUGAUGGGGAUAUGAUUUUUGAUGUUGUUAACACCGUACGCACGUUCAAGAGCAGUAGCGACAGGAGCAACCAUGGUGGAUGAGAGUAAGAAACAGAAAAAGAGCGAAGAAGAUUUGAGAAAAAGAGAAGAAGAAGAGAAUUAUAGGUUCAGGAUCGAUGAACCCUCUGAUACCAUGAAAGUGGGAAAUAUUUCCUUGAUUGAUUUACAGAUUUACAUAGGUUUAUAUACACAAGAUUGUUCCAAGAUAUGAUAAGAACAAUCCCAAAAAUAUAGGAACGUAAAUCAGAAUAUUCUACAAAGUCUAACAAUUUGACUUGGAUGCUCCGAUUGUGCUCGGAUCUGGGUCAGAUUCGAGACCCGAGUCUCGCCGGGAUUGUGCGUCGCGUCGCUGCCAACGCUGUCCUAGCCUCUCCGUCUCGCUCCAAUCGCCUUCUUCCUCAGCUCGUUUCAAGGUUUGUUUAGAGCUUCUCUUCUCAGUUCAGAUCUGAGUGACAUGUGGUCUCGAGGCUUGCCACAAAGAACCUCUUUCUAUAGGUCGAGAGCCAACCCCAUGGCGUGCUUUGGCGAUCGUUGUAGCUUCCCUUCUCGCUGGUUGAUGUCUAAAGGUUGGGUUUUGAGGACGACCCUCUCCGAAGGUGUCCUUGCCUGAAUGUGGAGUUUUCGAUCCCCUCUUUGCCCGCCUGUUGUUGUGGAGUUCUCAGUCAACUCUAUAUGUACUUCAUGUUCCCUUAUUGCAUAUCUCCGGUUGAAGCGUUUGUGUCUUCCCUUGAUGGUUCUUGCCGCAUAUUGUGGUCGCGUGGCCGGUUUGAGGAACUUGUUUGUACCGCCUACGUUUGACUGGAGCUUGCUCUUCAUCUUCAGCGGUGGACUGUCGGGUUUACACUUCCACUCUCUCCCGUGUUAGCUGAAGGCUAGUUUGAUCGGCGUCCUCCUCAUGUGGUGCCCCGGAGCCGUUGCCAGCCGCCUCCGUUGAAGCCGCUUGGAGCCACCUUCAGGUGAGUGUUCGUCUGAACGGCCUACAGCUAUUCUCUUGGUUCCUUUCGGUGAUCGAGAAGUGGUAUGUUUGGGAAGUCAUAUGUUGUUUCUUGUCCUAGUUCACUUAUUAAGUUCAUGGCUUACCUUCAUCGGAUUGCUUUGAUCUUAAUCCUAGUUCUUAGGGGUUUUUUUAUUUUUUUGCGGCCCUUAAGAACAGAAUGGCUUUAUAAGCAAAUUCUGGUUCAAUCACAAUUGUAACCAAACCUUCAUUCACUGCAAUGAUAUUUACAUUCUUAGCAAAAAAAAAAAAAAAAGAA